UGGUGGUGCAGUGAGAGAGGUUACUGGUUACACUGCCACAUACCGUCACACCAUUUCAGUGGAAGAAGGCGGAAAUGAAGGCGACUGUUUAAAUAUGAGGAUCGGACACCACCAUGCUAUCGAAGGAUUUCCCAACUGCGUCGUCGCAGACGCCGUCAUCAACUUCUUCAUGGCUCGAACGGACAAAGUUCGGCAGGUUGGCUUCGACCCGCGCCUGUCAAGAACAGGCCAUCUAGAGUUUUUUGUAGAUGCUCUGGGCACCAUGCACAUCGGCUCCUGUAGUGACGUCAUCGUUAGCCACGCGUCAAAGAUCAAGUUGCCAUGGACUAAAACCGAAACACAGAAGGCCUACGAGCAGUUUCGAUACUCUUCUGGAAGUACGGGUGUUAGCAGAAAUGAGAUCUUUUACUUUAAGAACAGAUUCAAGUGCAUGACCAGUCAAUAAAAAAUGCACUUCCAGUGGUCUCAUGAAAACAAAUAGGCGUUGCUCUUGGCUAAUAGAUGUUUUGUUUUUUGUUUGUUGCUCACAACUGUUUUUUUUUUUCUUUUUUUUUAACCACCUGUUGUGAUGUUAACAAUCCAAACGAUUCUUGUUCUUUGAAGCACUACUCAUUUUUUGCAAUUUGUUUACUGUUUACUUGUUUUCUUUUGAAUUUGUAAGGGAGAAUUUUGAUGCUAAUUGCUCUUAGUGAGUAAUUGUAUUUUUGUGUGUGAAUGGACUAUUAUAAGUUGUCGUGAUGUAUUGAUCUUCUAGAGGAGGGAAUAUAUUUAAUUUGCACACAAAAAAAAGAAAAAAAAUGCUAACCUUGUUGUCUUUAUGCUAACGCAAGUUACAGAUUCCGUUAUCGUGUCUAGAGGUUGCAACAAUAAUGAACAGUUCUUAGUAGUUUUUAGUCUACUAUCUCAUUUAAUUGAUUACAGCGCUCAUUUUAUGUCACAGGAAACCAAAGGUCACUCCACGCGUAAGUCAGAAGUCAGAUAACACUCUGUUAUCAUGCUCUUUAAAUGUCUCACAAUCUCCAAAUGGGUAGAGAUUCCAGAAAAUGUCACAAAGUCCACAUUGGACUCUUAUUCCCACUUCACUGAGUUAUUUGUUUUCUUGCAUCAUAUAAAAAUGUCAGAUUUCCAAAUGUUUUUAUUGUGCUAGAUCAGUGAUUUCCCAACCCUGGUCUUCAAGGGACACCGCCUUACAUGUCUCCCUGCUUCAACCACACACGAUUAACAGGCUUUUGUUGAACUGAAUAAGGGAAACAUCUAAAAAAAAUAUAAGGCGGUGUGCCGCGAGGACACCGCCCUAUAUCAGAUUUCCAAAUGAAAACAUUUGGAAGCAAAAAAAAAAAAGAAUUUCAAUGUUUCACCACCAGAGGGAAACAAAAGAUCAGGUAAAAAUGACCUUGCAGUAUAUUUGGGCAAAUUAUUUGUAGGUAGUUGGUUAUCGGAUGGAGGAACAUUUAAUAAAUAUGAACACGUGUCUAUUACU